GCUGAGAGUGAGGCUCCGGCAAGCAUCCUCCCAAAAUCCGAGAGCAUCUUCGAGCAGCGAGGCAGCGAGCAGGGAGCCUCCCUCAUCUGCAUGCACGCAGACUGCUCUGGUGCUCAUCACAGACAACACAGGGAGGGACAGGACACGCGAUACCAUGGCCAGAAACCGCACAGAAAGAAAUAGUUGGGCAGGCAGCUUCACAGAGAAGGGCGGGGCCUAUGACUGGAGCUCGGAGGAGGAGGAGCCUGUGGCGAGGGCGGAGCCGGUGCAGGUGCUGGUGGUCAAGGAUGACCACUCCUUCGAGCUGGACGAGGCGGCGCUGAACCGCAUCCUGCUGUCCGAGGCCGUGCGGGACCGGGAGGUGGUGGCCAUCUCUGUGGCCGGAGCGUUUCGCAAGGGCAAGUCCUUCCUCAUGGACUUCAUGCUGCGUUACAUGUACAACCUGGGCUCUGAAGAGUGGCUGGGCUUGCCUGAUGAGCCCCUCACUGGCUUCUCGUGGAGAGGGGGGUCCGAACGAGAGACCACCGGCAUCCAGAUCUGGAACGAGGUCUUCCUGGUGGACAAGCCCGACGGCAGGAAGGUGGCGGUGUUGCUGAUGGACACGCAGGGCACCUUCGACAGCCAGUCGACGCUGCGAGACUCGGCCACUGUGUUCGCUCUCAGCACCAUGAUCAGUUCCAUGCAGGUUUACAACAUAUCCCAAAACGUACAAGAGGACGAUCUGCAACAUUUGCAGCUCUUCACAGAGUACGGCCGGCUGGCCAUGGAAGAGACGUUUCUGAAGCCUUUCCAGUCCAUGAUCUUCCUGGUGCGGGACUGGAGCUUCCCCUACGAGUUCCCCUACGGACAGGACGGAGGCAUGAGAUUCCUGGAGAAGAGGCUCAAGAUCUCUGAGAACCAACACGAGGAGCUGCAGAACGUGCGCAAACACAUCCACUCCUGCUUCACCAACAUCUCCUGCUUCCUCAUGCCACACCCGGGGCUCAAGGUGGCCACCAACCCCAACUUCGACGGCCGGCUCAAAGAGAUCGACGGGGAGUUCAUCAGAAACCUGAAGGUGCUGGUGCCCUGGCUGCUCAGUCCUCAGAACCUCGACGUCAAAGAGAUCAACGGAAACAACAUCACCUGCCGUGGCCUCGUCGAGUACUUCAAGGCCUACAUAAAGAUCUACCAAGGGGAGGAGCUCCCUCACCCCAAGUCAAUGCUGCAGGCUACAGCAGAGGCGAACAAUCUGGCGGCAGUAGCGGCAGCAAAGGACCUGUACAACAAGAAGAUGGAGGAGGUGUGCGGGGGGGACCGACCCUUCCUGGCGCCCGCCGCCCUGCAGGCGCGGCAUGGGGAGCUGCGCGAGGCGGCCCUGCGGCUCUUCCGCGGGGUGAAGAAGAUGGGCGGGGAGGAGUUCAGCCGCCGCUACCUGCAGCAGCUGGAGGGCGAGAUUGACGAGGUGUUCCUGCAGUACAUCAAGCACAACGACUCCAAGAACAUCUUCCAUGCGGCCCGCACGCCGGCCACGCUCUUCGUGGUCAUCUUCAUCAUGUACGUGGUGGCUGGCGUCACCGGCUUCGUGGGCGUGGACGUCAUCGCCAGCCUCUGCAACAUGAUCCUGGGGCUGACGCUCAUCACUCUCUGCACCUGGGCUUACAUCCGCUACUCGGGGGAGUACAGGGAGCUGGGGGCCGUCAUCGACCAGGUGGCAGGGGCGCUGUGGGACCAGGGAAGCACUAACGAGGCUCUAUACAAGCUGUACAACGCUGCAGCCGGGCACCGGCACCUGUACCACCAUGCCUUCCCCACGCCUGAGCCCGAGCCACACGCACACCCCGACAGAAAGCAGAACUGACUGUCCAAACCACCGCCCCCCUCGCCCUCCACCCUGCGGGACUCUCCGGGUGCAUGAGAGGCACAAAGCAUACAGCUGUUAUUUUUGGUCACUGUACUAUAAUUUACUUGAUUGGAUCUGUGUGAGAUGCAUACACUUACUGUAUAUAGCUAAUGGGGAACAAUGUGAGAUUCAUACACUGUAUAUCGCUAGUCUUAAUCCACAGGUGCAGGGGCCAACAUGGUAUCAAAACCACUUUAGCAGUCAACAUGCGUUUACUGAUUGAUUUAUUUAAUCAUUAAAUUCAUGUUUUAUUCUUGUUCAAAGGAACUGCAGUUGCACUGUUAACAUUUCGCCUGGGCAUGAGAACAUUGAGGCAAGUCCAAUUAGCAAUUUAGAUACCACAUGACCAUUUUAAAGGGAGUAAAAUUAUUCAGUUCUGUACAUCCCCAGUGGCACUAAAAUUUUGUCCCAAUUAUAUUAACUGUCAGCUAGUACAGUGCGCUGGCUGGGCUUAAAAGCUCUCAUUUUCAAAGCUCUCGUUUUCAUGAGAUAGUCUUGCUCAGAGCCAGUGAGCUGCAGUGGUUCUUCUUACAUGGUUUGUACGUGUGUUUGCUCUUAACCCCCCACGUCUCCAACUGGCAUAUCUGGAUGAAAUAAAAGAGCACAUUUGAAUGUGUCCCAUCAGAUCAGCACUUGUUUAGCACAGCUCGAUGCAGCGGAGCACAGGAGGUAGCGAGUGUGCCGACACAGAACCACUGCAGAGCGGAGAAGGAAGGGAGUUUGUAGGACUACGUGCAGCAUAUUUAAAAGCACACAUUCAGAAGCGAAAGGGCUUGUGAGCUCACAGUAAUAACAGUAAUAAUAAGCGUGCAACUCCGAGUCCAGGAUCACGGUCAGGCUGGGUAGCCAUGUGCUUUGUACCAGAUAUGGAAGAUGGAGAGCAAGUUAAAAAACAGAAGUAGCAAAAUUGCUCAACAGUCGGGCUACACAGGAGCCGAGCCCCACGUGGCCACAGUGCACCCAGUGUAGUUCCAUUAACAGCAGAACAACUUGCAUAGUAAAUAUUUCAUUUCAGGACAUCACUUGUAGGCAAAAUUAUAGAAGCCUUUUCUGUUUGGUUUCGACCAGCGAGACGGAAACACAGUUCAAUCAUACCAUCUAGUAUGGCAAAUAUGGUCGCAUUAUUUAUUUAGCUAGAGUUAGCCCAUCAUCUGAAGGUAAUGGUAAUUCCACCAAAUGAACAAUCAUUUAAACAAACCACACACACAUUAUUAUGGUUAAUGCUGAAUUGCAUAUUUUGUAGGGGAGCCUAACAAUGCCUGGAAUAAGAUGUCUCCUCGCAAGCUGCUUCACUGUUCAGAGCAAUCCUUUGCUCCACGGUAGCGCAUUGGCCCUGAUUUUUAUUGUUUAAUUGAUCUGGGCUCACAGAAGCAGCAGCAACACUAGAUCAUUGCAAUGCAGCAGCCUUCGUAUAUUAUAGCUCAGACUUUGAUAAUAUCAGUGGAAGGCUAAAAGAGAACUAGAACUGCUUCUGUCUUGGGAAAAGGUUUAGUGGAACACAGCGAUCUGAGCAGCUUUCACAGCACUGAGGAUCAAAGGACAUUCAGCACAAGGCAACUUUUUUUACAAGUGAUAUUUUCGCCCUUUUUCAUAACUUUUUCCAAAAUGCUUAGCUUGUGUUGCUUUCUCUUUUCACAUUAACUUUUUUUUCCUGUAAAUUUGUUUAAAAAGUUGCUUGGUAUUACAUGACCUUUAACCAAACUCCGACAGUGUUAAUCCCCUUAAUUUAUACUGUGAUUCAACUCAUACCAACUUCUGAAACCUAGACAGACUUGGAACUGCACUGGCACCUCUCUCUGGCUGACUGUCAGUCCGUAAACAAGCACAGGUCUGGCUUUAUUGCUUCUACUUGUAAAACAGUCACUUGUGGUGUGUAGAAAGCUCUUAAGUGUGUUGAUUUGGUUGAAUAAUUCAGUUUGUAGAAUGUACUGCACUGCAUUCCAGGAGAGCCGUCGCUGCUGCUGCCGCUGCCUCUCCGCACUGCUGAAAAGCUCUGCGACUGUCUGCUGCCAAGCAACGUUAGCAAGGCUGCCUCGACACCGUGUAGCAAACACCUGUUAUCAGAACCCAUGAGAGACAAGACAGGUCAGGUCAGGUAGCCCCAACAGGGUCUUACCAAAGACACUUAUUAUAUUGUAAUACUUUAUCAAACAUGAAUCUGUUGCGAUUUAACAGGAAAAAAAAAAGAAAACAAGCUUCAAGGACAGCAACAUGCUUUUCAGUAAGCAUCGACUUGUCUUCCAUGCUGUGUAAUCUCGUCAUUCUCAUGAGGCGCUGACUAUUAUUGAUCUUGUUUUAUAAUGGGAAAAAAAAAGUGUUUGAGUGAUUCAAGUCUCAUGUAUUUAUUUUCCCCAUGUGCAUAUAUACUUGUCAGCUGCUGCAACAAAUAUGUAUUUAAUUUGUAAUUAUUAAAACAGUAAAUACUGCUGAAUGUAGAAAUACUAAAAGGUCUUCACGACACUUAAAAAGACUUGCAGUCAAAUUAUUGGCUCCUCAUCCCCCCACCACAAACAAUUAGGGACUCUUAAUACCUCAGGCACUCCGAUCUGUGUAACCCACUGGUAUGCUAGCUGCCCACCUCCUGGCCGUUUGUAAAGAAAGACAAUCAUUCCUCACACAAACCGUUUACAGCAAAACUUUUUUUUGUUGUUGUUUAAUAUAAAGUAAAGGGCACAGAUUGCUGAUAUUGCAGGAUUAAUGUUUACACACAUAUUGCACUAUAAAGAAUUAAUAAAUAAAAAGAUCCUGGGAGCACAGCCCAAUUCCAACCCCUCGCCCCACAUGACCUAGGAAAAGAACAAACACAGUAUGUAAAUAAUUACAGGGAAAUAUUCUCUGUACAAAAUAAAUCUGUCAUUACAGGUAACAAAAUAGAGCCCCCAGCAUGAGUCCGUGAUUCAGGGAGUGUGUAUGGCUAGCUGGUCUGCUGACUUCAUUCAUGAAUGUUCUUGUUAUCCUUGGAGCUUUGUGGAGAGGCCUGACAGUGCAGGACAUGACUGUUUGAACAGGGAGCAGCUAGUCUAAUUUAGACAUCUGCAAGCGCAAAGUAGUGACUCAAAGCUGAAACUCGAUGCGGGAUGACGAAACGCUGGAGCAUGGCAAAGUAGCUUUGGGAGGCUGCAGUGCAUGCUCACUGUAACCACACUGGUGUGGAACACCUUCCCAAGGACCAGUGCAGGCAGGGCCAGCUUAUCUCCAGCAAAUGCAGAAGACGACUGCUUCAGCACUGGCCCCAGGACCUACACAGACGCACUGUUUGUAGCAAUGCAACGGACAGCUAGUUCACUAGAUUGCAGUGGAGAACAUGGUUCAGGGAUGGCAAUAAGACUCCUGUUGCACAGCAGUGUCACCCAUUCCAGGUUUUAAUACAAGCUUGAUUAGCCAUAUUGUACAGGAAGCACAGGUGUGUUAUUAAACUCAGUAAUACCAGCAAUGAAUGAAACCGCUAUGCAAACAGGUCUUUUUCAAACCCUGUAGUUGAAACAAAGACCUAGACUGGAAGGGCUGAAGUUUCUUAUCCCAUGUCUUAGAAAUCCUUUGGUUGUAAAAUAACUUCCCCAAGUGAUCAACUCUUCUGCACCAUGAAGGAAAGCAGGCUGUAAAUAAGAGCACAUCAAGUUCCACGCUGAAAUACAAUACAAUCUGCAACUAGACAUUAAACACCAGUCAAAGAUGGUCUAAAAGAAAACACACAAAAAAAAAAAAAAAAACUAAUCGAUGGAAACAAAACAGGGUUCUUUUUUUUUUUUUUUACUUGCAAAUGUAGCCUUGGGGCUACCUGAUCUCUGAGAAAGUGGUUAAUUAAGCUCCUAGGAAUGGCUCGCUGCUAAGCAACAUCAUCAAGUGAUUCUCAUUGCAGAGCAAGGGCCCACGCCACAAACUGUUCAACUGAAAACAAGCAAGCAAACAAAACACUGCAGCAUGAAACAGAUAGAAAUACAGGACAUUUCAAAUCGUAAAAACAGGUUGACAGACAGUCCAGGUGUUCACAGCAAGAAUCACUCCUUUAGAGUAGACAUGAAUGUGUUCUUGUCCUGCUCUAGCUUAUUCAUUAUUAAUAAAGGUUGCACAGCCCAUCAUUUAACAGGGAAUUAAAAAAACUCAGCCUCCCAAAGACAAAGGUGCAACGUAUUAUUUGUAUUAUUUGUCUACAACCCUGCAGCCAAUAAAUAAAUGAUUAUAAGAUGCCCUCUUUCUGCCCUCCGCGUUUGGUCACUUCAGUUCUCAGCGCACAUCACCUCGAAUGUGCAGUGGAAUUGGGGUGGGGUGGGCGGUGGGGGGGUGCUAAAUGGGCUCGAUCUAGCUGGACCCCUCCUCACCCCAAACCUCGUUACAUCUCAGAUCUGAAACCAAACAAACGGGCGGCAAGUUAUUCAAAAGCGCAU